GCGUAGAAUGCAGAUGAGCAAAGUGAGUGGGCGAGUGAAAUCAUUUGUAACAAAAACCCAUUAUUUACAGAUGAGAAAUUUAUAUUGUCAGCAUAAUAUCUGUGAGGCUAAACAGAGCUGGAGAGCAUAUAAAAGCAGGAUGCCUUGGUUCAGAAGCGCAGAGCUCAGGGCACAGAGCAGCAUCCAAGUUCCAAGAGGGCUUGCUCUCUACACCAGCUCCGCUCCACACCACAGUAUCAGAAGGCAGAAAAAUGAAGAACAUUUACUAUGUGGCUGGAUUAUUUAUAAUGCUGGUACAAGGCAGCUGGCAGCAUUCUCUCCAAGACACAGAAGAGAAACCCAGAUCGUUUUCAGCUUCCCAGACAGACCCACUUAGUGAUCCUGACCAGAUGACUGAAGACAAGCGCCAUUCGCAGGGCACAUUCACCAGUGACUACAGCAAAUAUCUGGACUCCAGGCGUGCCCAAGACUUUGUGCAGUGGUUGAUGAAUACCAAGAGGAACAGGAAUAACAUUGCCAAACGUCAUGAUGAAUUUGAGAGACAUGCUGAAGGGACCUUUACCAGUGAUGUAAGUUCUUAUUUGGAAGGCCAGGCUGCCAAGGAAUUCAUUGCUUGGCUGGUGAAAGGCCGAGGAAGGCGAGACUUUCCAGAAGAAGUCACCAUCGUUGAAGAACUCCGCCGCAGACAUGCCGACGGCUCUUUCUCCGAUGAGAUGAACACCGUUCUUGAUAAUCUUGCCACCAGGGACUUUAUCAACUGGCUGAUUCAGACCAAAAUCACUGACAGGAAAUAAGUAUGUCAUUAUUCAGGACCAUCUUUACAACAUCACCUGCCAGCCACUUGGGAUGUUGAAAUUUUAAGUUCUGUAACUCUAAGAGGCAUUUUCUGAAACCAUGUUGCUUUUGCAUGCCUUCUCAUUCAGCAUUGUGUAGCCAAGAGGUUGUACAUAGAAUAAACUACUAUCAGAAUAUUGCUAAAAUAUCAGCUCUAAAAUAUAAAAUAGCUGGAUUCUAUUCUUUUCUUUUAUUUUGAAGUUCCUCAAGCUGUUUACAUUUAGCAAUGAAAUUAUUUUUCUAUGAUAACAUCUGUAAAUGUAAAUUAUUCCAGUCACAACUUAUCUGCAUUGCAAUACCAGGAGGAGAGAAGAACUGGUAGCCACAGGGGUGAAACUGGAAAGAGAACCUCCUUCUUGAAGCCUUUAUCAUAAACAUGCUUGGCUUUCAAUGCAUCAAAAACAAAUUUAAAUAAAAUUUUCAAGCU